CAACUUCUUGAACUUUGAAAUUUCUUAUUGUUAAACUCUUUAGAAAUCAGAGGCAUUCUGAUUUCUGGGGGUCAUUAACAUCGUCCAUUUUUGGACCCCACGCGAUUGUGGCUCCAGAUUCCAGCUGUCCACAAAAUAGGGGAUGUUUUGAAAGGAUUAUACGUUGGAGAGAAUUGGUUUGCUUGCGGAUUCUAUCUAAACCAUUAAUCUUAUGGCGGAGCAAGAUUUUACUUCUUCGGAGAAUCCGCAGUGCAUAUUGCUUAAGGAUGUCAGGUCAGCUCUAAAACCUGAUGAGCUUGGUGUAGAGAUAGCCACCAUUGCUAUUCCUGCAGCAAUGGCUUUGACCGCUGAUCCAAUAGCAUCUCUCAUCGACACAGCCUUUAUUGGCCAAAUUGGUCCAGUUGAGCUUGCUGCAGUGGGAGUUGCCAUUGCUUUAUUCAAUCAGAUAUCAAGAAUCGCGAUAUUCCCACUUGUCAGUGUGACAACUUCCUUUGUUGCCGAGGAGGAUGCAAUGAGAAGGGCGGGGAGGCUGGAUUUCGAAGAGGAUGUCUUAUCCAGUAAAGACAGUGAAAAAAAGAUGUUGAUACCACAAAAGGGUAAUUCUAAUGCUAAUUCUCAUUUACUGAAUAGUAUGCUACGUUUCAAAUUUUAUCGAAUCCCAUCUGCCUUUUUCGCGCUAGGUUUGGGCGAAAAAAUGCCUAGUUUGGAUUCUCAAAAGAGUCUUGAGGUAGGUGUGGUUGCGCAGGGGAAGAAGCAUAUUGCAUCAGCCCCUUCAGCGUUGAUCAUUGGUGGCAUUCUCGGCAUACUACAAGCUGUGUUUCUCAUCACUGCAGCCAGACCUUUACUAAGUUUCAUGGGAGUGAAAUAUGGCUCAGAGAUGUCGACUCCUGCUGAACAUUACUUGAAGCUCAGAUCACUCGGUGCUCCUGCAGUUCUCUUGUCCUUAGCUAUGCAAGGCGUGUUUCGUGGUCUGAAAGACACAAAAACUCCGCUUUAUGCAACAGUGUCCGGAGAUAUAGCAAACAUUAUUCUGGACCCGAUAUUUAUAUUUGUGUUGAAGAUGGGUGUCAGGGGUGCAGCCACUGCGCAUGUUAUCUCACAGUAUUUGAUAGCUCUGAUACUCUUCUGGAGAUUGCAAGCGCAAGUGGAUCUCUUAUCUCCGAGUCUUGAAUAUCUGCAAUUAGGCCGUUUCAUAAAAAAUGGAUUCCAAUUGCUUACAAGGGUGAUAGCCGUGACAUUCUGUGUGACGCUAGCUGCAUCACUGGCUGCCAGGCUGGGGUCGACAGAAAUGGCUGCAUUUCAGGUUUGCUUGCAAGUUUGGCUAGCUAGCUCUCUCAUGGCCGAUGGCUUGGCUGUUGCUGGACAGGCUAUACUUGCAAGUGCUUUUGCAAGAAAAGACUACAAUAGGGCAGCUGCCACAGCGGCCCGAGUGCUUCAGUUGGGGAUAGUUCUGGGGUUGUGUUUAGCUGUCAUGCUCGGAUUUGGAUUACAUUUUGGCGCGCGGAUCUUUACCCAAGACCCUGAUGUUCUCCACCUUAUUGGCGUUGGCGUCCCGUUUGUGGCAGCAACUCAACCAAUCAACUCACUGGCCUUUGUUUUCGAUGGUGUUAACUUUGGAGCAUCUGAUUUCGCAUACUCAGCUUAUUCAAUGGUUAUAGUGGCUAUCGCGAGCAUCAGCGCAUUGUUUUUCCUUUCAUCCACCUAUGGCUUUGUAGGGAUAUGGAUUGCCCUAACUUUUUAUAUGAGUUUUAGAGCAUUUGCUGGAUUUUGGAGAAUUGGGACAGCAACAGGGCCAUGGAAAUUUCUUAGGAGUUGAUUCUGCUUUGUGUUAGAGACUUGUUGUUGUAUAUUGGUUAUGCUCAGGGUGCCUUGACGCCUCCUCAACAUACAAAAAAUUUUGUACUUGAAUAUAUUUUUGUGUGUCUUAAUAUAUUACAGUAAGUAAUAGCAGUGCAAAAUACUGAAAAUGCUACAUCACCAAUGAAAUUCUGAAUUAUUUGCAGGCUAGGCUGACUCUUCUUGUAUUUUACAAUACUUCUUUAUACAUUUGAAAUGAAAUUCAAGUUAAUAAAGUAAA